AAAUUGCAGGAGGAAGAUUUCCCGUGCAGCAUGGAGGAGCUGGAGCUCGUCUUCGAUGGGCUGGAUGCUGCCGGCACCGGGCGGUUAAGCACCGAGGAGUUCACUGCUGGGCUCUGGCAGUUCCUGAGCUCCCAAAAAGCUGCCAGGGACCACCGCAGGCGGAAAACGGCAUCCCGGAGGGUCCGCUUGGUCCUCCCCAGCCCAGCGUUGGAGGGGACAGACAGCGAGGAGCGGAGACGCUUUGCUGCCUUCAUGGGCCAGCUGGGCACGGACAACGUCUCUGAAGAACAGGAGAUCUGGCAGCUUUGGGUGAAGCUCCGGCAGGACGAACCCCAGCUCCUGGGCAACCUGGAGGACUUUCUGGCCAAGAUGAGGCACCGCAUCCAAGAAGCCAGGAGCAAGAAGGAGGCUUUGGAGGUGACCCUGAACAAGCAUGUGGCUGAGCACGACAAGGAGGUGCAGCACAUGGCCCGGAGCCACCAGCACGGCGUGGAGCUGCAGCAAGCACUGGAUGCCAGCGAGAGGGAGGUGCAGCGCUUGGUCACAGUGCAGCUGGAGCUGGAGACGCAGUGCCGCAGCCUCCGCAGCACGCAGCAAGCCGCCAGCACUGAAAACCGGCAGCUGGAGGAGAGCAACCGGGUGCUGGAGGACCGCCUGCAGCACCUCCACCAGCAGCUCCAGCAGACCCACAGGCGCCUGCGGAGUGCAAGGGCCGCGGUGGCUUGGGAGCACGCGGAGGAGCCUGGGGACAGAGCGGUGGCAGAGCUGCCUGGCGAGAUGCCCCUGUCCCCACAGACGAGUCCGGAGAAGAGCGAGAAGUACCGCUCCGAGAUGCGAUUCAGGCUGGGGUCCCAGAGCAGCGAGCCCAAAGCCAAGGGCACCCACCAAAGGCCAGGAGCGGAGGUGGAUGGAGAUGUACAGCACCCAAAGGAAGAGAGGGAGCUGGAACUGGUGCACGGAGAGGGCAUCAACGAGGAUGGGCUGUUCCCAGUUAAGGCUCAGGCCCUGGAACUGGUAGAGUCGGAGCACUCCCAGGCAGAGACACAGCUGUGUGGGGGUGCCAGCCCAGAAACCCCCCAGGGAGGGGAGGGUCAAGCAGCCGAUCAGCUCAUGGAGGAGGCUGAGGAUGGGGCACAAGGACAGGGCGAGCAUGAGCUGCCACACGAGCCUGUGCUCGAUCCGCAGGGAGCAGGAGCUGGGCAGGGAGAGGGGGCUGGUGCAGGCGUGCAGCCUCGGGAGGAGGCUGUAAUCCUGGACGUGCUGGAGGACCAGGGCACUGAUGCCAACGUGCAGCGGUUUGCAGAGGCAGUUGAGCUCAAAUUGACCCCAGGAGGGAGCAUGGAGGCAGAUCUGCAGCCCCUCAGCGAAGCUGGUUACCUGGGGACAGAACAGGGAGGGAGUGUGGCUCCAGAUGUGCAACCACUGGAUCUGGCCAAUAAACCGGAGUCAGUAGAAAUGGUGGAGGCAGAGGACCUUCAGGCGGACAUGCAGCUGUGUGGGGGUUCCAGCCUAGAAACCCUGCAGGGAAGGGGGGACCGUGCAGCCAUGCAGCUCGUGGAGGAGGCUGAGGAUGGGGGACAAGGGCAGGAUGAAUGUGGGCUGCCACACGAGCCUGUGCUUCACCCCCAUGGAGUGGCCACCGGGCAGGGAGAGGGGGCUCCUGAAGGUGUGCAGCCAUGGGAGGAGGUUGUAAUCCUGGAUAUGGUGAAGGACCAGAGCACUAAUGCAAAUGUGCAGCUGCUUGCAGAGGCAGUUGAGCUCAAAUUGACCCCAGGAGGGAGCAUGGAGGCAGAUCUGCAGCCCACCAGCGAGGCCAGCUCCCUGGGGACAGAGCAGGGAAGGAGUGUGGAUACAGAUGUGCAACCCCUGGAUCAGGUUGAUAAACCAGAAUUAGUGGAAAUGGUGGAAGCAGAGGACUCCUGGGCAGACACGCAGCUGCGUGGGGGUGCCAGCCCAGAAACCCCCCAGGGAGGGGGGGCCCGUGCAGCCGUACAUCUCGUGGAGGAGGCUGAGGAUGGGGCACAAGGACAGGGUGAGCAUGAGCUGCCACACGAGCUUGUGCUCGAUCCGCAGGGAGCAGGAGUCGGGCAGGGAGAGGGGGCUGGUGGAGGCGUGCAGCCUCGGGAGGAGGCUGUAACGCUGGACACGCUGGAGGACCAGGGCACUGAAGCCAACGUGCAGCCGCUUACAGAGGCGGAGAAGCUCAAAUCAACCUCGGGAGGGAGCACAGAGGCAGAUCUGGCACCCAUGGGUGCACCUGGGAUGCGGGAAGGGGAGCAGGGCCAGACUCCUGGGUCGGAGGCAGGUCUGUGUGCAGCUCACACUGCAGACCUGUGGGAGGGGGCUGCUGGCACACAUGUGUCCCCUCCGGCUGAGGCCACUUUACAUCCUGAGCGUGCCGCUGCCGCUGAGGAUCUUGGUCUGGAAGCAAUGCUGGGAGCACUCACUGGUCCAGAUGGGCAGAUCCUGGAGGAUACCCAGGCACUGGAAAUACUGCAGGGAGAGUGGGCUGAUAUAGAGAGGAAGCCUUUGGAUGGAGCUCAAGGUCUGGCAGUGGUGCAGGGAGAGAGGCUGGAGACAGGAACAAGGAUUUUAGUUGAAACUCAGUGUCUAGGGAUAAAGCAGGGCCACGAUGACAGUACGUCUGCACUGGCCCCGCUGGUCUCCGAGGUGGCAUUACAAAUCAGCACGCUAAAGCUGGAAACGGUGAUGCAGGAGGAUGUUCUCAUUCCAGAUGUGCGGCGGCUAGGUGCUUCGGGAAAGGCAGCCCAAAGUGAGCUUCAGGAGCAGGUCUCGGCACAGGCAGAUAAGGUGAGGCUUCACGCUGCUUCCCAGCAGCUGGAGGAGAAGCCACCGCACGUGAUGGAAACGGAGCAGGUAGCUGCUGGACCUGCCAAGCCUCCAAAACAAGAGGUGCCACCAGUGUCAACCCUUUACAGAAGGGUCCAACAGGAGGAAGAUGCUGGGAAUGAUCAGUUGGGGAUGGUCCUCAGAGACAGCUCCCUGGGGGAUGCAGCCAACAGCAGCAUGCAGCCUCAAAGGCAGCUCUUGGGAGAACAGAGCGAAGACCUCAAUGUUGGUCAACGAGUGAAGAAGCAAGAGGUUGGGCGGAAAACAAGCCAGGAAGGUGAGCCCAGCCCAGGAGAGCCAGGGGCCGUGACUGCAGAUGGGGCAGGAGCUGCCUCAAGGGGUUCUCCUGAAGCCACCCUGGACCCAGAUCACCUCUACAACGUGCUGUUCGUUGGGGACUCCCAUGUGGGCAAAACAUCAUUCCUGUACCGGUUGCACGCUGACUCCUUCAACCCACACCUCACUGCCACAGUAGGACUGGAUUAUCAGGUCAAAAACUUCGUCGUGGACAACAAGCGCUUUGCUCUCCGCCUGUGGGACUCAGCUGGUCAAGAAAGGUACCACAGCAUCACCAAGCAGUUCUUUCGGAAGGCAGACGGGGUCGUGCUGAUGUACGAUAUCACAUCGGAGUACUCGUUCUCGGACGUGCGGUACUGGCUGAGCUGCAUCCAGGAAGGAGCAGAAGACGGAGUCGCUAUUCUGCUUCUUGGGAACAAAACCGACUGCGCUGCAGAGAGACAGGUCCCUACGAAGGAGGGGGAACGCCUGGCCAAGGAGCAUCAGCUCAUGUUUUACGAAUGCAGCGCUGCCUCGGGCCACAACGUCUCUGAGGCCAUGGUCAGCUUAAUCAGGUUGCUCAAAGUUCAUGAAGACGAAUUGAAAAAUAAGGCAGAAGAAGUACCAAAGCCACCUCAGAAGAAAAAGGGCUGCUGCUAG